AUGAGCAGCCGUGGUAAGCCCGUUUCUCAUCCGGGACACACUUCCGAACCAUUCCAUUUCAGGAUCAUACAUCUCCGGCGUCAAUCCAUCGUUCAAGGAAAGACGACCCUUCCGUAAGUUUGCGAUUCAAAAAACAGAAUCUGACCGACUAGUACACUUUUGGUUGGCUUCCAAACCCGAAGAUAAGCGAUAGUAUCAUGAGACGUCUUCCACUGGUGUCUGAUGCAUUCCGAGACGCCGCCAUUCUCUAGUUUCAACCUUUGUUCAACUCGGUCUCGCUGCGUCUCUUGCCACUUUCAGCCUCACUCGCUUUCCACUUCUGUGAGAAAGGGUCAGAGACGCAGAACACAGACUCGUCGCGUCAUGCGUAUCGCCUAGAGAGCACGGGAAACGAGGAGACCGUUUGCGGAGAGGCAUGUGAAAAUCAGCUGAUCUGGACCGAAUGUUAAUGUUGAGAGGGGGACUGGCGACAGGGAACAUUGCGUAAUAAUUGGGUGCUGGCGGCUCGGAGUGAUACGGAGAGAGACGGAAAGGGAGACGGCUGGUGGCCACCGGAGAUUACGGUGGUUGCACUUGAUUAGAAGUUCACAUUACGAUGACUAUGUAAGAGCAAAGUUCAGUAGUAAGGGCGUCUAAAGUUUAACAAGUGCAAGACUCGGACAUUCUGAGAUUUCCAGACGAGCGCCAAAAGGAUGUGGAGGAGAUUCGCAGUCAGCAGCCUAACAAGGUGCCCGUCAUCAUCGAAAGAUUCGACGGAGAGCGCAGUCUUCCGCUCAUGGAUCGGUGCAAGUUUCUGGUGCCGGAGCACAUCACCGUCGCCGAACUGAUGUCGAUCGUACGGAGACGGUACGCCGAUCUUUCUCUCCAAAUCCAUUCUAUUUUCUUCCAUUUUCAGUCUUCAACUCCAUCCGCAACAAGCGUUUUUCCUUCUCGUCAACGAGCGUUCGAUGGUGUCGAACUCAAUGAGCAUGGCCAAUCUGUACGGUCAGGAGCGUGACCCGGACGGCUUCGUCUACAUGGUCUACACGUCGCAGCCAGCGUUCGGAGCAUAA